AUGUUCAGUCGCCGCGUGGCUAGCUGUUGCCCCAUCCCCACAGCCAUGUAUGGCGCACUGCACAUCAACACCAAGCGUCAGGCGUCCCGCCUCGUGUCGCCACUUGUACCGGUUGCGCCAUCACUCAAACAUGUUGCUGGGGCAAGUGUAACGGUGACGGGUGUGGUACUUGGAGAGCUCUCUACCGUGAGUCUCGCCUCAAACGUGUCGUUGUUGUCUCUUGUGGGCCCUUUAUCACAGCUGUUUAUGAACGGCUUUGCUUCCAACCCAGUCUUCAUGCGAGUCAUUUCCGAUACAAUGCAUACUUAUAGCGUUUUACUUCACUCGGUUAGGGGUGGUGCGGCACCCUCGCCACCAGGACGGACGAGCGAAAUGUAG